UAAGCUAACCAUGUCUAUGAGCAAUAACAUUACAGCUUUCUUGAAUUUUGUGGCAUUUAUGUGCUCCAUCCCUAUAAUCGCCGCCGGUACAUGGCUGGCUUCAAAGCCCGACAACGAAUGUAUCCACUGGCUUCGAUGGCCGGUUGUCUUCAUGGGUCUCGCCGUUAUGCUUGUCUCCUUAGCUGGAUUCGUCGGUGCUUAUUGGAAAAAAGAGGGAUUAUUGGGUGUUUAUUUGGUGUGUAUGGUGAUUCUCAUCAUCCUCUUGCUCGUGCUCCUUGUUCUUGCUUUUGUCGUCACGCGCCCUAACGGCGAGUAUUCUGUACCCGGUAAGGGUUAUAGAGAGUACAGGCUUGCAGGUUUCUCAUCAUGGCUGAGGAAUCGAAUUACAGAUGGUGAUAGUUGGGGGAAUAUAAGGGCGUGUUUGGCUGUUUCUGAUAUUUGUCCUAAGCUUAAUACUGAGAUUAUUACUGCUGAUCAAUUCUUUGCUGCUCAUCUAUCUCCUAUCAAGUCAGGAUGUUGUAAACCUCCAACAAUUUGUGGGUACCAGUAUGUGAACCCAACUGUGUGGAAUAACCCAACAAACACAAUAGCAGAUGCAGAUUUCUCCAUUUGGAACAACAACCCAAACCAGCUUUGCUAUAACUGUGAUGCGUGCAAAGCUGGUUUGUUAGGAAAUCUGAGAAAAGAAUGGAGGAAAGCAAAUCUCAUUCUCAUUUUAACUGUGGUAGUUCUUAUUUGGGUAUAUCUCAUUGCUUGCAGUGCUUACAGAAAUGCCCAAACUGAACAACUUUUCGAACGUUACAAACAGGGUUGGGCUUGAUAUUAUUCUUCCCCCUUUCCACUUCUCAAAACGGUUGUAGUAAUGCAGUUUGGUUGACUCUUGCAUUUUAGGUUCUACUUUUUGUAUUUCAUUUGCACAUAUUAUUUGUACCAUCUUAUCUUUGUUAAGUCAUAUGUGGCAUUGUGCAAA